AUGAAACGUCUGUGGUCAUCUUCCGGAUGUGUGGCCAUCUCCAGAAUCGUCCGGCGAGGUAUCCGUCAGAAACGUCCAGUUCCGGAACCAUCACCAUCCGCAGCUAAUGCACCCGUUGAAUGGUUGAAGGAGUCGACGACAUAUGCAGACACUCAUUCGGCCGUUGUUGACCCGUAUACGAAAUCGCCUUAUCCGGAUGAGGAUAUAGAAGAACUUCUGAGGAAAGGCGAAGCUCAAAGCUCAAAGUCGUCUGCGUACAAGAAAUGGGUGGCAGAAAGGCAUAAAAAACGGAAAAUUUUUCAACUGAAUUUCGAUCAUAUUCCAAUAGAGGAACAAAUUGUUGCGCUAUUCCCUGGUCAAGGAGCACAACACGUUGGGAUGGGUUCAAAGCUCUCGGAAUGCCCAGAAGCUUGUCGAGUGUACGAUGAAGCAUCAGAAAUACUUGGCUACGAUAUCAAGAAACUUUGCUUAGAAGGUCCGAAAUCAAAACUCGAUCAAACAAUAUACUGUCAACCGGCCGUUUUUGUCAGCUCGAUGGCUGCACUCGAACUGGCGAAGAGCACGAAGAAUAGUUUCAUGGAUCGAGUUACAGACACGGCUGGUUUUAGUGUCGGUGAAUAUGCAGCGUUAGUGCUUGCUGGUGUGAUCUCAUUUCAGGAUGCAUUACGUCUCGUGAACACAAGAGCAAAACUGAUGCAUGAGUGUAAUCAGCGGAUUGCUUCGGGUAUGGUCACUGUCCGAGUAUCUGCCGCAUCUCGCCUCGAUGAAGCUAUGGCUGAUGCAAGGGAGUUGGCUAGUGAGAAGGGUGAGGAACCAAUAUGUGAAAUCGCGAAUUUCCUCUUCUGUGGAGUGAAAGUGGUUGGCGCCUCAAACACAUGCCUGAAAUUCCUGGAGGAUAAUCAAGAACGAUACGCGUUUCAGGUGCAGUUGCGAAGUUUUUUUAGUAUUCGAUCAAGCUUCUGA